GUUUGCGGAAGCAGAGCGAGUUACUCUGUGGUUUAGGACUAAAAUGAAAGUAAAGUGUUUUUAUGAAUUUCGCUGCGAUCACUGAGAUUAAUCCCGACUGUUGUGGAGGACUCGAUAAAGUGGACUUUAGCAAGGCAGACAUGUCUGUGUUGUAUGAAGUAAUGAAGCACAUUGAUCUGACCGAGCCCAGCUUCUGCAUGGCUGUCAUCACCAUCAUCUUCAAUCCGCUCUUCUGGAAUGUGGUUGCCAGAUGGGAACAUAGAACACGAGGUCUGACACGCAUGUUUAAAAGCCCAUAUGUGGCCUGCUACUGCCUGGGUGCUGUCAUUCUGCUUCUCAAUGUUUACCGCAGUCACAGUAUUACAGUAGCAAUGGAGGGCCAAUCUAAGAUGGAGCUGCUGGACAGAGUGCAGGUGUAUUACAUGGGCACAGCACUCAUGCUAGUCGGCUCACUGUUCGUUAUCAGUAGCUUCCUGGCUCUGGGAUUCACUGGGACGUUCCUCGGAGAUUACUUUGGAAUCCUGAUGGAGCAGAAGGUGAUUGGCUUCCCCUUUAACGUCAUGGAUAACCCAAUGUACUGGGGAAGCACUGCCAACUACCUAGGCCUUGCCUUAAUGAACGCCAGUCCUGUAGGAGUUCUCCUCAGCACAGUGGUGGCUUUGUGCUACAGAGUGGCCAUCGCAUAUGAGGGACCAUUCACGGAGAAAAUCUAUCAGCAAAGGAGCCUGAGCUGCAAACACAAAUAAUUCUUGAGUGUGUUUGCCGGAGGAUCACAGUGGAGCCCCAGACUCUCCAGACUCCACCCUAAAUGUAUCUGUUCAUGAAAAAGUGGCAAUGAGGAUGAACUCCAUUUCCAAAUGUCACCAUUUGCUUAUUUCUAGGUUUAAAGCAGCUGCGCUUUUUUCAAAAGCAAACCUUUGAUAGUCUUCUACAAGUUGUAUCAGAGGGCAAACAUAACCCAUAAUGAUGAUGAGAACCUUAUAUUAUUAUUUGUACUCACAUUGUUUUAAUUAUGCUUAUUGCUAUUACUUAGCUAAAUUGUAUAUCUUUUGCAACCCUGAUAAAUUUAUUUAGGACAAUCCGCUAAAGGUAGAAAGUAGUUGAGCAGGUUCAGCAAACGUUUACAAUACAGUAUUUGUUUAUUAAUCAGUACUGUAAGUUGUUUGGUGUAAAUAAAAACACAGUUUGCCCAUUGCAAACUGCUAAUAAAAUGUG